GCAGGAUUAAUCAGUUGCUGGAAUGCUUCGUUAUGGCGUAAGUCUGGCGUAGAAUUGUACGGGGAAAGUUGAGCAUUGGAAUAUAACAGUUCAUCUGUCUGCUACUCGUUAAAGCGUCACAGUAUGCCACUGAAAAGCCGAAUCGAUGCAAAAAGAACAGAGUCUGAACGUUUGCAGGCGAUAGUGGUCGAUCUUUUACGAGAAGAGGAGAACAAAUAUUGUGCUGAUUGCGAAGCGAAACAACCUCGAUGGGCAUCCUGGAAUCUAGGAGUAUUUCUUUGCAUACGAUGUGCCGGGAUCCAUCGUAAUCUCGGUGUUCAUCUCACCAAGGUGAAGUCGGUCAAUUUGGAUUCAUGGACCCCAGAGCAGGUACAAAGUAUGCGGGUCAUGGGCAAUAAAAUGGCACGCCGUGUUUAUGAAGCAGAACUUCCUGAGCACUUUCGUAGACCACAAACAGAUUCUGCUCUCGAAUCAUUCAUCAGAGCAAAAUAUGAACAAAAGAGAUAUAUCCUGAAGGAUUGGUCGCCACCUCCGCUGGAUGUGAACGACUUGCCACUUCCUCUGGACAAGAGACAAAUUCCUGUUCACAGUGCACGCUCAAAUGUUAGAGAAAGAAAUCACUUCUCGGAUUCAGCGCUAAAGGCAAGAAGUAUGGCUAACAAUUCCAAUGUGGCAAAUGCUGCUACUGAUAUAAAGAGCGACACAGUUACAGAUGUACCGCUCCUAGACCUAAGCACUCCUAUAGUCGAAGUCUGUCGCAGUGAACUUCCACCUAAUUUGCCUUUUGCUGUGAUGGAUAAAAAUACAGUGGAUCUAAAUGAUAGCAUCAUGCUCAACGAGAGCAAUGAAAUGGAAGAUUUCGGUCCAAUUGUUUCUGCUCCGCCCGCGAAAUUGCGAUCUGAUAUUUUUGCCACAGAUGCUAUAGCGUCUUCUUCAAAUGUUAAAAGCAGUCUCAUGACUGGUGGUUCGGAAAACAAUUUAGAAGACUUAGCAUCGGUGUUAAGAUCUAGUCCCGUAGUGAAUGAGAAAAAGAGCACUUCGGAUAUCCUUGCCUUGUAUGGAACUGCAUCUAAAUUUUAUCCUCGGUCAACAAAGCAUCAGCGUCGAAUGCAGCAAUGUUCUGAGGUUUCAUCCGGUGAUGACAAGUCUGGUAAACCAAAAAACACACAUUUUUUUGACACGUCCAAUGUUGGGUCAUUUUUCGGCCCAUCCGUUGGUCCUCUUACUCAGCAGUCUUGUGGAUCUCAAAACGGUUAUACACAGUUUGCCAUAUUUGGACCAGAAAGAAAUACUUUACCAGCGGGAAAUUUUUUCCUAAAUCGUGAGACAGCGGCAAUGUUCGCCGCUGCUUCACCUUUCGCUAAUAUUCCAGUGGCAACAGAACAUGGAGUUUUAUCAAGCUCUCAGACGGCUAGUUCGGGACAUAUGGACACACCACCCAGAAAAUUUUCUGUUGGAUUCAGCACUAACCACAAUACAGCACCAAGUAACAUCCAGCUAAAAUCGGAUGAUAGUGGAAGUAAAUUUAUUUCCUAUGGCACUGCAGAGGAAACGAGAAGCCCAGCCCUGAAUCAUCUAAUGGCAGAUUUUGGUCAGUUCAGUAUGGGUGGCGAACCUAGGGAACAGAAUAAAGCACAGAAAAAUAUUUCGUGGAAUUAGGAUCACAUACUAAUGUGCAGAGCUCGUUUGUAUUACGAAGAUUUUUUACAAACAUUUCACAGUUUGCCAUCAUAACAUGUACAACUUCGUACAACAUUUCUGCAACAUUUUGUAUUGUAAUAAAUACUCUUUGUCCUACCGAUUUCUACGUAUUUCAGCCUGUUUUUGAUGUAGACUUCUGUAAGAUUUCUCAGUGGUACAUAAACUUUUGCUUUAUAAUUUUUAUUGAAAAACCAUUUUCGUAUUUCCCAUCGCUUGGUGUUUUGUUUACGACGGCUCGUCAUUAAAUCAUGAGCCCAUGACCUGUUAACUGGUCUCAUGUUCGAAUUUCGUAUUUCCCAGAAGGUAUUCGUUUUGAUAUUGUUUUCUAGGUUCAGAAUUCUCUCCUCUAGUUGUCAUUUAUCACUCGAUCACCGUUGACUUCUUUCAUGAACUUGGGGCUUGCAUAAAGUCGUUUAGCAUUUUUUGCAGUUAAAGGAUUGUUUACUUUCGAGAAUUAAUUCGUGUUACAUUAUAAUGGCAAUAAGUUGUUGAGGG